UAUCCUUCCCUUUCUUCAGAUAGGCUAAUCAGUUUCUCUCCCAUUGGCCACAGAGAGUUCUACUUGAGAGAACGGGUGUGGCCAGACUGGCAGAACCAGAUUUUCUGGGAAGUGAAGUUAUUCCUCUGUUAUAGCAGUUUUCUGGCUAACUGCUAACAUAGAGGAAAACUAACAGAACAGGCACACCUGUGUCCUACAGCUAACAGGUCUUUGAAGUGGAGGGCUAAGAAGAUGCCAUGAGGAUUAUGUUCAGGAGGAUGGGAUAUACAUGUUGUUAACUUUAUUGAUACUUUAUGGAGAAAUCCACUCUCCAUGGCUUGGCUCAAGUGGCAGUUACAUUCCUGGUCGAGUAUAAAGGGUAGUUUCUAAGCCUCAAGGACUACUAACUACAACAAGGCCUCAACUGACAGGUUCGGCUGUCCUCCUGAGGGAACUCCACUCUGACCAUGAGGGACCGUCUGGAGGAGCUGCGUCAGAGGGCCCAGGAGUUCCGGGAGGCAAGAAACAAGGCAGAUGAGACCCCAUUCCCUGAGGAAGACGCUGACCCAGAUGAUCCAGCGUGGGUUAGUGUCGCCACCCCUCAGCAGGCUGUGGUGUUUGAGGAGGAACCGGUCCUGGACAACUUCCUGUCCGAGGCUCAGUAUAUCCGCGGUGACAUCACUGAGCUAGAGACCGAGGUGAAGAAGUUUAGCCAGCAACAAAGGAGCCUGGUGGCAGCCAUGCGUCGUUUCAGUGUGAUGAAAAAGGAGAGCAGUGUGACGAGGGACAUCAAGCUGCAGGCAGAGAGCAUCCACAGACGGCUGGACGCCCUCUUCAAGAAGGCACAGAGUUUAGAAGGCCUACAGGGACUAGCUACAGCCACUACACGCAUCCAACGCUCCCAACACGCAGCGCUACACAGACGAUUCCAGCAGGUGAUGCGUUUGUACAACGACUCCAUUCUCAGUAAACAGGAGCGGUGUAAACACUUCAUCAUCCGUCAGCUGGAGGUGUCUGGUCGCGACGUCACCGAGGAGGAAGUGGACGAAAUGGUUGCUGCGGGGAAGUGGGAGGUGUUUAACCAGAACCUCCUCAACAAUGAACGCAUCACACGCUCUAAGCUGUCUGAGAUCGAGCAGAGACACAAGGAGCUGGUGAAUCUGGAGAGCAACAUGAAAGAGCUGAGAGAUCUGUUCAUGGAUGUCUUUAUGUUGGUGGAGGAGCAGGGAGACUACAUAGACCACAUCCAGACCAGCGUAGAGAAGACACAGGACUAUGUCACCGUCAGUAACGAGAAGUUUAAAAUGGCUGCCAGGUACAAGAAAAAGAACCCUUUGAGGAGGCUGUGCUGCUGUUGCUGCCCCUGGAGGUGAUGCACAUAGAGGAAAGACUGGAGACUGGAGAUGCCCCUAGAGGUUUUUCAGAUGGGGAGAGGAAGAAUUCUGGUGUGGAGAGUCAACAGGUGGCAUUUCACUUAUAAGAAUCAUGGAUGCAAAAAUCAACUGCUUACAGUGGUCAGAAAUCAUCCAUGAAUAAUAGGAUUCUAAGAGGAUGUGCAAUUGAAGCAGAGUGGGAUUAUUUCUCCACUCCUGAUGGACUACUGAUUAACUCAAGACAGAACACACUUUGAGAACCAGCAAGACUGUUUAACUGGACAGAAGCAUUCACAAUGUGGAGACAGAUUGGAUGUUACUUUCAUGAAUUGUUGUAUUACAACUCAUGCUAGUUUUUGUAUUUACUCAAACUUUGUGUGUAUAGACAAUACCAGUCAAAUGUUUGAACACACCUACUCAUUCAAGGGGUUCUCUUUAUGCGUACUAUUUUCUACAUUGUAGAAUAAUAGUGAAGACAUCAAAACUAUGAAAUAACAUGUAGUAAAAAGUGCUAAACAAAUCAAAAUAUAUUUUAUAUUUGAAAUUCUUCAAAGUAGCCACCCUUUGCCUUUAUUACAGCUUUGCACACUGUUGGCAUUCUCUCAACCAGCUUCAUGAGGUAGUCACCUGGAAUGCAUUUCAAUUAACGAGUGUGCCUUCUUAGAAGUUAAUUUGUCGAAUUUCUUUCCUUCUUAAUGAGGUUGAGCCAAUAUUAUGGCAAGAACAGCUCAAAUAAGCAAAGAGAAAUGACAGUCCAUCAUUAUUUUAAGACCUGAGGUCAGUCAAUCCAGAAAAUGUAAAGAACUUUUAAAGUUUCUUCAAGAGCAAUCCCAAAAACCCUCAAGCGCCAUGAUGAGGAACGCCACAGGAAAGGAAGAUCCAGAAUUACAUCUGCUACAGAGGAUAAGUUCAUAUGAGUUACUAGCCUCAGAAAUUGCAGCCCAAAUAAAUGCUUCACAGAGUUCAAGUAACAGACACAUCUCAACAUCAACUGUUCAGAGGAGACUGCAUGAAUCAGGUCUUCAUGGUCGAAUUGCUGCAAAGAAACCACUACUAAAGGACACCAAUAAGAAUAA